AUGCGCUUGUGGGCGCACCCAGUUCGUCGAGAUCCCCUGGUCUGAGAUGCCAUGCUUCCGCGGCGAGACACCCUGCUAACCUACAUAUAUGCGCAUAGUUGCCAAUAUAACUGCAAGCCGCGCGCGUGCCUCCCCUCUUCAGUCCACUGUUCACAAGCCUGCUGCGUCUCGAGCGUCGAGAACCAAGCUGGAACUGGUUCUUCCAUCUGUUGCAGCGUGGCAACCUGGUUGGAGACAGAAGAUGGAGCGCCAGAAACAGCUGUAUAUUGAUAUACCUAUGGAGGAGGAUACGCCAUCUGAGCAGAACUCGCGCGAUGACGAUACCGAGAGUCCGCUUGGUUCUGACGAAGGCGAGGACGUAUGGGAUUCAGGACUCACCCUAGUCGACGAGGGUCAAGCGCAUGAUGAACAAACCGAACAAGAGCGGAAUGAAGCACUGAUCGAUUCCUUGAAAACACCGUUCGAGGCGCUCUCCGUGGAAAUGAAGAACAACAUGAUGUCUUCCCUCGCUCCAGCGAUCGAUAUGAUCCGAGAUACGAACAAGGAAAUAUCUCUGAAAGAUGAAGCGCGAAAGAUGUCAAUGCAGUCUUUCGAAGGAGCGGCGAACGCCCUGCAAACUGAUGCCGAAGAAAGGGCGAUGGCUCUCAAACAUGUCAUGCUCGACAGUCAGACGAGAUUGAAGAAGCUCUUGAAGGAGCUCCAAGCUCAAUAUUCUGCUCGUGCACAGUUGCGGACUGACUCUGCACAAAGCUUGGACAGAUCCUGCAAGGAUAUGCUUUCUCAUCUACAGGCGCUGGCUGAAAACUAUGAUGACGAGGCGAUCAAAUUUGAGGCGAAAGGAAAGAAGAUGGUGUCAAAAUCCAAGAAUGCGGCCAGCGCAUGGCAGCGUCUGAUGGCUAUGGAUCAAUGAGACUCACUUAUAUGUCAUUGCCUCGACCGACCAGC